AGACGACGCGAGUGAGGACUGAGAGGGCCCUAUGAAGCGGAAGCACCAGCUCCUCUCUGAUACUUUCAAGGCCAAGAAGCGACGGCCGGCUCUCGGAUCCGAGUCUUCAGGACAGGAGGGCCCUGAGGCAGUCGAAGCGGCUCUUCAGAAUUUGGUAUCCCUCUUCCCUCGGAAGGCAUUUGAAGAUUCCCUGCCGCCUCUAAUUCUGAAGCAUCAGAUCUACAGUCUUGUCAAAGAUCGUACAGUUGUGGACAGGUAUCUGAGCCAGCUGAAAAAUGAAGGCCGGAUCCGAAUGUUUCAGCACAGCUUUGAAGCGGAUUUUUUUGUGGUGGCCUUUAUGGACAGCUACAUAUCUAAGGUGCAAGAGUUUAUAACGGGGAAGGAGUUUGCCAGGACAGUGAAGAAGUUUCUAGAUUCGGUCCUUACCGCCUGCCCUGACAUCAGUUUUGACAAGAAAAGGAUGUUGAGAGAUUUUGGCUUCAGUGACACGGAAAUCACGCAGCUGGUGAAUGCUGGGGUCUUGACUGUUCGCGAUGCCGGGAGCUGGUGGCUGGCCGUGCCUGGAGCAGGCCGCUUCAUCAAAUGCUUCAUCAAAGGAAGGAAAGCUGUCCUGGGUAUGAUCCAGAAAUCCAAAUACAAGGAAGUGCUACUGUCCGAUUUGCAGAGCCGUCAAGCACCAAGUGCUGUGAAACUGGGCCUUCCCUACCAUAUUCACGAUAUCAUUGGAGCCCAGCUGGUUGACUGCGUGCCGACAACGUCCGGGACCCUCCUGCGACUAGCAGAUGAUUAAAAACGUUCCGUUUCGCCAUCAAGCAGAGAAUUGUGCCUAAAAUAAGACUAAAUAGACCAAAAUCUGCCCUGGUUUUUUCUCACUUUGGGACUGAGGAUCUUCUGCCUGAGACACCAGCAUUCGUGGGACCAGCAGAAACUUUUGCCUAGCAAAGUAACCUUAAUUGAUCUAGAAAUUGCACUUAAUAUAGGAGCUCCUUGUAGGGAACCAUCUUGGAUGGAUCUGGAAUACCCAAAUUAAUAGUCCCCUGCAUGGGGCUGAGCUGAAAGUAAAAUAAAAUGACGCAGUCUUUGUCCAUGAAUUGCAGAGGCUGAAGUAAGCUGAAAAUACUCAUAGCUAGAUAUGCUCCCUAGUCCAGG